AGGGUUUACUGAUACAGACUCAUUGAUUUUUACAGUAUUUAAACUCUUAAAAGCAAUGUUUUUGAACUGAAACACUUCCUAAAUGCUCCUUAUUUGUCAAGAAGACACCACUGAAGGAAUUUAGUAUUUUUAUUAAGUAUGUUUUCCCUGAUUAUUGAAGAACUGCUAGAAUGCCAAGAAUAGAUCAAACACUGCAUUGCUUGGUAUGCCAUUCAGCCAUGGCCACCAACUGUGUGAAACUCCCGUACAGAGAGAAAAGACCUCAUUUGCUUUAGAUUACUGAAGUCAGCUGUCGGUGACAAUGGAGCACAUUCAAGGAGCCUGGAGGACUCUCAGCAAUGGGUUUGGGUUCAAGGACUCUGUGUUUGAGGACGCGUGCAUGUCCCCCACCAUCAUUAAAAGCUUCCCCUAUCAGAGACGUGCGUCAGAUGAUGGGAAGAUGGCCGACUCCUCCAAAACAAGCAGCACAAUUCGAGUGUACCUGCCUAAUCAACAGCGCACUGUGGUGAAUGUGCGUCCUGGAAUGACUUUGCACAACUGCCUAAUCAAAGCUCUCAAGGUCAGAGGGCUACAGCCAGAGUGCUGUGCUGUCUUCAGACUACAUCCAGGACAAAGAAGUAGAAAAACACGCAUGGAUUGGAACACAGAUUCUACCUCACUCAUCGGGGAGGAGCUCCUGGUAGAAGUGUUAGACCAUGUACCUCUCACCACGCACAAUUUUGUUCGGAAAACAUUUCUGAAGUUGGCUUUCUGUGACAUCUGUCAGAAGUUCCUGCUGAAUGGCUUCCGAUGCCAGACUUGUGGCUAUAAGUUCCAUGAGCACUGCAGUACCAAAGUCCCCACCAUGUGUAUUGACUGGAACAACAUCCGUCAGCUCCUGUUGUUCCCAAGCCCAGGUGAAGGUGGGGGUCCGUCCCUCCCCCCUCUCACAAGCCGGCGCAUGCGAGACUCCCUGUCCAGGUUUCCCGUCAGCUCCCAUCACAGACACUCAACGCCUCAUGCCUUUAACUACAUCGCCCCAUACCCGUCCUCAGAGCCUUCUCUCUCCCACCGUCAGAGGUCAACGUCCACACCCAACGUCCACAUGGUCAGCACCACCCUGCCUGUGGACGGCACUGCCUUUGAGGAUGCAUUGAGAAGUCAUGAGUCUGGGAGUCCUCCAAACGUGAGUCCCACUGGCUGGACUCAGCCAAAAGCGCCAGCUCCCAUGCACAGAGAGAGAGCUGCCACGUCCAACACUCAGGAAAAGAACCGAAUCCGUCCAAGAGACAAGAGAGACUCCAGCUACUACUGGGAGAUCGAGGCCAGCGAGGUGGUGCUCCACUCCCGGAUAGGCUCUGGCUCAUUCGGGACGGUCUACAAAGGGAAAUGGCAUGGUGAUGUCGCAGUAAAAAUCUUAAAGGUCACUGACCCCACACCAGAGCAAUUCCAGGCCUUCCGCAACGAGGUGGCUGUUCUCAGGAAGACUCGGCAUGUCAACAUCCUGUUGUUCAUGGGAUACAUGACCAAGGACAAUCUGGCCAUUGUGACCCAGUGGUGUGAUGGCAGCAGCCUGUACAAGCACCUGCACGUCCAAGAGACCAACCUCCAGAUGUUUCAGCUGAUUGACAUCGCGAGGCAGACCGCUCAGGGCAUGGAUUAUUUGCAUGCAAAGAAUAUCAUCCAUCGGGACAUGAAGUCAAACAACAUCUUCCUUCAUGAGGGCCUGACUGUGAAGAUCGGGGACUUUGGCCUGGCCACAGUGAAAGCCAGGUGGAGCGGCUCUCAUCAGGUGGAACAGCCCUCGGGAUCCAUACUGUGGAUGGCUCCUGAGGUGCUGCGGAUGCAGGACAACAACCCUUACAGUUUCCAGUCAGAUGUGUACUCCUAUGGAAUUGUCCUCUAUGAGCUGAUGACCGGGGAACUGCCCUAUUCCAUGAUUGCAAACCGAGACCAGAUUAUCUACAUGGUUGGACGGGGGUACCUAUCUCCAGACCUCAGUAAGCUGUACAAGAGUUGCCCCAAAGCCAUGAAGAGACUCGUCGCUGACUGCAUCAAGAAGUCUAGAGAUGACAGGCCUCUGUUCCCACAGAUCCUGUCCUCUAUUGAGCUGCUGCAGCACUCCCUUCCCAAAAUCAACCGCAGCGCCUCCGAGCCCUCCAUGCACCGAGCCACACACACCGAGGACAUCAACGCCUGCACUUUGACCUCCACACGGCUCCCCGUCUUUUAGCACAGUGCCUCUCUUCCUUGAGUCGCCACGAAACGCCAAAGUGUCCCUGGAAAUCAAGAGGGCCCAUCUACAACACUAGCAUGAGGAUCGGCUCCAAGGCUUUAAGCACAUUUAGCAUUACUGUGGCUGUAGCCAGCCAGGCUUGUCUGUUGCACACUUUGAAUGGACUUCUUUCAUCAACCAGUAGUUCAAAUGGUGAGAGAGGUUUCAUUGGGUUACAGAACGGUCUAAAUAUGAAUUUGAAAUGUAAAGAAAAUGGCCGCCAAGACACACGUCUUCUAGUGCAUCGUGUUCUGUGCCUACACGCCCCCUUCAUACAUUAUCAGAAUUUUUCUCUUAUUGAAAGGGGCAAGAUACAUCAUGAAGGAAUGGAAGAGGGUUAAUAUUUUAAAUCUGCUGUUUCUUUGAAACGUAGAUGAUUAUCGCAGGGCCUGUUCUUAAAUCUGACCCGAAUCAAAGAAAUCUUUUGUCUCGGGUCACGUCCUGGAGAGGUAAAGAAAUGUAGCAAUUUGAAUGUUCUCCAUACAGCGCGGAUGUAAGACAAUGGUUCUUUUUGACGGUCUAGAUGUACAGUUCUAAUUGAUGCAUUUCUGUUGUUCACAUGUAGGUGAGAUAAGGCAUUCGAUUUUCUCCUCUCUGCACAGGGUAUUUGUGUACGGUGUUUGCUUUAUAGGAAUGCUGCAAGGAGAUUUUCUCUGACUUUCUAAGGCUCUAUCAAAGAACCGUGGGUCAGAGCAUGGGGCCUCUUAAGAAAUUAUUAGGGAUCUUUUUUGUCUUAUUGCUUAUCACUGAGGAUAAACUUGUAAACUUGAAAGAUUGUUUAUCCAUUGUAUUUUAAUAAAAUUAAGUUAAAUACUUUGAA